UUUUUUUUUUUGGGCUUCCCUUUUCUUUGAUUUUCCUUUGGAAAUGUCAAUGAUGCCUUUGUUCACUCUCAAGAUUCAGACUUACAUUGAAACGCGUUACAAAUUACUUUCGCAAUUCCCAGAUUGAGGAUCCUCGGAUGAGCAACGUCUUAUCUUCAUCAUGGGUUUAUCAGAAGCUGCUGCUUUUGCUCGAAAUUUCGGAGUUAUGGUUAGAGUUCGUGGUCCAGAUCCAAAAGGGUUGAAGAUGAGAAGACACGCUUUUCAUCAAUACCGCUCUGGAGAAACAACGCUCUCAGCUUCGGGAAUGCUUAUACCUGAUACCCUUUAUGACAUUGAAGUAGCUAGGCAUCUUUAUGGUGACCUUUGUGAGGGUAUGGGAUUGGUUGUGACAGUGGCUUCAGUUGUUGAGCCUUUUCUAUCACCACAGCAGAGAGAAAAUGUUUCUCAGUUUCAGGGUCGGCCUGAGUUAAUUUCUGGUGUUCGGAUUGAUAUUAUGACAGAGAAAGCCAGUGAAAAAUCAGAUAAAGGAAUCCCUUGGCUUGGGGCGCAGCUUUUGUCAUUAGUGGAUAUCCCUGUGUCAGCCCACUGUCUCCAGUUACUUGUUGAAGCAUCUUUCAGCUCACCAGAGCCCGGGUGGGAUGUUGGCUGGUCUUUGGCAUCUUACUCUAAUGAUUCUGAGCAUUCUAAAGAUUUGUUAGAAACUCAGGGAAGUUUAGCAUCCGGCAUGUUAAGUCUAAUGUGCAGAUCACUAACUAGAAUGGCUAUUCUUGGUGUCUCUUUAUCUUUGAAGGACGUCCAGAAUUGUACAGUAUCUUCGAUGAAUAGUAGAGGCAACUAUCUUCUGGCAAUUGGGUCUCCUUUUGGUGUCCUGUCACCUACUCACUUCUUUAACAGCGUAUCAGUGGGAAGCAUUGCAAACAGCUAUCCUCCUAGUUCAUCUGAUGGAUCAUUGUUGAUGGCUGACAUUCAAAGUCUUCCUGGAAUGGAAGGUAGCCCAGUCUUCAGUGAACACGCAUCUCUUACUGGCAUCCUGAUUAGACCAUUGAGGCAGAAAACCAGUGCUGUAGAAAUCCAGCUGGUGAUUCCAUGGGAAGUCAUUGUAAUUGCUUCUAGUGGCUUACUAAAGAAAUGGCCUCAAAAUACAGUGAAAGAGUUGUAUCGUGAGGGAAAGUCACAGGAGGGAGGACAAGGGUCUUUUACUAAAACUGACAACUUGGGAUCCUGGGGUUCUCAUAAUGGGCAUUCUAAGUUCAGUAGCCCCUCAUCAUUACCAAUUGAGAAGGCAAUGGCUUCUGUAUGUCUUGUUACUAUAGACGACGAAGUUUGGGCAUCUGGUGUUCUACUGAACAGUCAAGGUCUGAUACUUACAAAUGCUCACUUGUUAGAACCAUGGAGAUUUGGGAAAACACAGAUUAGUGGAUAUGGAGACAACCCUAAAGAAUUUCCUUUCUUAGCAGAGGGGUCUGUUGGGAAAGGAGUUGAGGAUAACCAACAGAGUCAAACCAUAAGGUCUGAGAUGACAAUUCUUAAUCCUUUUUCAGCUCAUGAGCGGGGGGAAUAUAUAUUGAGUCCAAAUUAUACUAGACAUCAAAUUAUACGAGUACGCCUUGACCAUGUAAAACCUUGUGUUUGGUGCAUUGCUAAAGUUGUGUAUGUCUGCAAAGGACCAUGGGAUGUUGCCCUCUUGCAGCUUGAAUCCAUACCAGAUCAGCUUGCGCCUAUUGUGAUGAAUUUUUCAUGGCCAUCCAUGGGAUCAAAGGCAUAUGUCAUUGGCCAUGGACUAUUUGGCCCAAGAUGUGGGUUCUUCCCAUCUGUUUGUUCUGGUGUCGUGGCAAAAGUGGUUGAAGCAAAGACUCCUCAAUCCUAUUUCUCAGUUCAGCAAGAGCACAACCAUGGGCAACUCCCUGUGAUGCUAGAAACCACGGCUGCUGUUCAUCCUGGAGCCAGUGGGGGUGCUGUCAUCGAUUCAGAUGGUCGCAUGAUUGGUUUGAUUACCAGCAAUGCAAGGCACAGUGGAGGAACAGUGAUACCUCAUCUUAAUUUUAGCAUUCCAUGUGCAGCUUUAGCACCCAUCUUUGUUUUCUCAAAAGACAUGAAGGAUCUUUCACUUUUGCGAGUUCUCGAUGAACCCGAUGAAUACAUUUCAUCGGUGUGGGCUUUGAUGCGGCCAUCGUCGCUAAAGCUCCCUCCUAUGUUUCAACUGCCUCAGUCCCUCCUUGAUGAUAACAGUAAAGAAAAUAAGGGUUCUCGGUUUGCAAAGUUUCUUGCUGAAAGAAAGGGACUUUUUGAUCGGCCUUCUCAACAAGUACAGCAUGGAGUUAAUAAAGUAACACCUAGUAAACUAUGACCUCCGAAGUCUCUUGUGCAGAGUGAGAGCUUGCCAGAAAUAAUGAAGAUGACUUGCCCUGCGUUUUGGUUAUCUGUAAAGUUGAAGCUGAAGUUGACUAUUGAUAAUGAAAUCUUGGACGUUAGAUAAUUUGUAUCAUAAUGAAAAUGGAGUUGACUUUUGAAAAUCUAUGCUUUGUUGAUAAUUGUAUUAAAUUGUAUAAUGUGUAUCCUGUUAUUAGCAAUUAUUUAUUUCCCAUUUACCUUUUCAA